AUGCAGGCCAUAGCAAAUGCAAAAAAAGAGGUUUCAGAUGGUCAACCUUUUGCUCGGAUGCCAUUUGAGGGUGGUGGAAAUAGCAUGGAGGGAAAGUUUAACUACACCGAACUUCAGAAGCGAAUGGUUUCCAUUCGUACCGCAUUGGAAAACGAAACUUCUCAUUGGGCUAUUGAAGGAUUGCUAUUACAGCAGAAGGAAAGUGGUGUAGCAGCAAACCUUCAACGACAAUUUGAGCAAGUGGUUGAAGCAUACGAGAGAGACAAGUCUGUAACACUGGAUAUUGACUUGGAUAAUAAGAACCCUUUCGUGUGGAAUGUUACUUAUUUCGGUCGUCCCAUGACUAAUCUAGAUGGAGGGUUAUUUCGAGUUAAGCUUCAUUUUAGCCCAAGAUUCCCAGAAGAGCAACUAAGAGUCAAGUUCGAGACAUCUUUAUUCCAUAAUCGGAUCACAGUUGAUGGAACUCCCUGCUAUACUCCCAAACGCCCUGAUGAUGCCAAAUCCCAUAUUGAAUCGAUUAUUGAAGCUCUAGAGGAGGUAUCACCACCAUAUGAUCCAAGAACAUUGGUGAACCUAGAAGCAGCCAAACUUUUCUGGGGAUCGGCAGAUGAUAAGAAGAUAUACAAUCGAAAACUUCGGAGGUCCGUUCAACGUAGCAUUGAGGAACAAAUCUAG